AAAGUAAUAGUUAAAAAUAAUAGGAUGGAUUUUGCUAUUGUGCAUUUUCAAACCGAAAAUUCUGUUGCUGUUGUGCCAUCAAUUUGGAUUGCAGGAGAAUCCAACUUAUGUUACUGGCCACCUUAUCGUGCAUCUAGAUUAGAAACAGCAGUCAAAGAAAGAGAAAAAUCAACAGUUAACUGGGAGUGCAUUGAUAAUGUGCGCGUGUUGCAUUUUUAUGAAUCUUUUUUAAACGAUGUUGGUGCAAUUCCCUCACCUGCUUUCCCCCUCCAGUUACAGGCAAACAAAGAUAUAAAUAGGAAAAGAAAAUCUACUAGUACCAUGGCUACUUCGAGUGAUUUUUUUUUAAAAACAUUAAACGUCCCGGCUUUAGUAGAAAAAGCAGCCUGCAGCAGCAAAACACCUGGGUAUAAAACUAUAUCAGCAGAAGCAAGCAUGUGUUUUUGUUUUAAUUUUUUAUUUUAUGGUUGAUUGUGCAAAUUUUCAAAUAAGGUUUAAUAAAAUUAUUGAAGACACUAUUUAUUGUAUUCAGAUUUUAGCUUAAUGUCUUUUUUCUAACAAUAGCUGUUUCAAAUUCAGCACUAAAAUUAGUUUUGGAUAAACUUGCAACAAUGCAGCAAGAAAUUUUGCAUAUUUCGCAAGAGCAGCAAAAUAUGUUUAAUGCUUUUCAAAAAAUGGUUGCUGUAAAGAAGCGUGAACUUCCAGAGUGCAUAGAAUUACCAAUUAAAACUUUACUAGAGCUCAAAAGUUUAGAAAAAAAUCUAGAUAACAAGGAUUUAGCUCAAGCUGUUAGUAAUCACUUGGGAAUGAGAGGAGGGAAAGAUGUCAGUGACACCACAAGACGCAUUUUAGAAAAAGUUUUUAGUAAUGAUCUGGCUAAGAAACUUAAUUGGGCAGGGCGAUGUAAUAAAACUGGAGUGAAAGAUUUAAAAAUCGUAUCUUGUAUAAAAGCUGCUGUGCAAAUUAAUAAGUCUUUUGACGCAAAUGAAGUCAGUAUUGAAAAUGUUGUUAAAUCAUAGUUAAAGUAUGCCGGGGAUCGUGAAGGUGGAAGGGAUGCUUCUGAUAGAGUUAAAUGGAAGGAAUUGUCUAUUUAUCAAGAUAAUGUCAUGGAUAAUGAUGAUGAAGGUGGUGAUGAUAACUGAUUUGUAUAACUACUUGCCUAAUAUAAUUUAAAUACUUGUUUGUUGAAUGUAUGAUUUUCUUACAAAGAAAGACUUUUUUGACUGAA